GUCGCGACGUGCGUAGCGCCUGCGCACGGUACCCGAGCGCCCGAUGUGCGGAGAGGGGCGCGGUGCCGGCGGGACCGGUCGCACGCCGACCUGCCGACCUUACCUACCGUUCACCACACGCACCUAGACUCCACAACUAAACUGUGCAUCAACAAACAUACGAAAGUGUUUCGUGAUCGCAAUGGACAUUACGGACAAAUGCAUCCGAUUCCCGCAAUUGGAAACUGCAUUCGCGACGUGAAUCAUGUUGGACCAAAACUCUUGUGGCACCGGGACACGCAGAAGGCACCAGCGGGUUCGUCGGUACCAUGGCACAGGCGGCAGGCUCGCCGCCAAACACGCAGAAUCUCAACAAACGCCAGCGUCUCUCGCGUCUCCUCGACAAACUAAGUGUGCAGUUGCAAAACAAUAAUUUGUAUCCACCAACACAACAUUGGCCAGCGCUGAACCCACCAUUCCAAAACAAUAAGCCACCUGCAGAUGAGCCUUUAGAUCUCUCGGUUAAGCACGAGCAGCCAUCGCCGGCCCCCGAGAUAACGUAUACAUGCGAAACUUGCGGCCAAACCUUCACCAUGCACGACCGCCUCGCCAAACAUAUUGCUUCUCGACACAGGAAUCGCACUCCGGAGGCGGCGCGGCUAUAUGAAUGCGAGGUAUGCCUGAGACGGUUUGCUCGCUCGGACAUGCUGACCCGGCACGCUCGUCUGCACAGCGGCCUCAAGCCGUACUCGUGCUCUGCCUGCGGUCAGGUGUUCUCCCGCUCGGAUCACCUCGCAACCCACCAGCGCACACACACAGGAGAAAAGCCCUACCGGUGCCCGUCCUGCCCAUACGCUGCUUGCCGCCGCGACAUGAUCACUCGCCACAUGAGGACGCACUCAAGGCGACCGCAGCCUGCUUAAGCCAGACUUUUUCGGCAACUUUUUAUAAUUUCCUAUAGGUGUUAUUUUAAUCAGAUCCCUUAUUAUUAUUAUCAUUAUUGUUUUUGGAGACUGAAUGAUUCAUUCCAAAGUUAAAGUAUCUUGUUUGUUUUUGAUUGGUGUUUAAUAAGUAUUGUGUGUGUUCAAGAGACCCCGGCUUCUAACCAGUAGCUGACCAGAUGAUUUUGGUAAGAACGACACAUCACAUUGCACUAUUGAGAAUUGCACAGUUAAUUUGACUAAGAUUACGUUGCUGCCUUGCGAUUUUUUUUUUGGCCCAGCGAUGUCAAAUAAACUGCACAGCGCAAUGCGAUCUGUCGUCGGUGUUUUUGUAGAGACUUUUGUUGUACCUAUUUUUUGUUUUGUUGCUUUUUUAUUUUCAUCGAUAUUGGCUUGGGAACCAAUUAUGAAGAGGUCAUUCCUGCUCUUCUAUGAUUUGUUGUAAUCAUUUAACUCAGUACGUGUGCCAUUGAGUUUACGAAUGUUAAUUGUUUUUGUAAAUACCUAUUUGUACUUAUACCUAUAGUUGUAUAUACAUAGUUUUUAAACAUAGUUUAUGUUUUUGUUUAAUCAUAGAAUAAGCUUGCAGGCUCUUUGUUUAUCGCCUAAAAAUAUUAAACGAAAAAAAAAAAACUCUUAGGACUAUAAGACGUGCUGAGCUUGACUUUACUUGUUAUGGUCAUUUAAUGAUUUCUUAUUUAAUUAGUAUCGGGAAAGUAAUUGUUGCUUAUGUUAUAAAUAAUCAUUUUUAUAUCAUUAUCUAGGUAUAGUUAAGUACUUAAAAUACAUUUUAUGGAAUAAGCCUCACUCACAGGCAGGCCAUUCUUUUCACAUUGUUUUCUAUGUUAUUUCUAUUUCUGAGUGCCAAAACGUUUUGUUUAAACUCGUGAAUAUUAUUGUUAAAUACUACUUCCAUAUAAUAGUAUUUUCGUGAUGAAGAGUAAUUUAGUUCUGUAAGUGUAAUUAUUCAAAUAUUUAGUAAAUGAACAUCAUACCUGUUAGAUGAAGGUUUUUCAAUCUCUUUUAAAUUAACUCAGGUGUACAAUAACUACCUACUUAUUAUACGACUUACUAUGCCAUGAGGAACAUGAUUAUGUAGGUAGUUAAUUUCUAUUUGUACUUAUAACUCUAUACUAACUCUUACUUAUAAGAGCUGCAUACCAGCAAAAUCUUUACAUCCUACAUAAAGACCAGUCCAGAUGUGCUUUAAGCUCCUUCUGGAAUGAGCUUCUAAAGCGGAAUUCAUAGAAUUACUUACAUACAGGAUAUAACUUUCAUGUUUUUUUGCAAAAUAUGAGAAAAAUACAAAACUAUAUGUAAAUACGUCGUUAAUGAAUAAAAUAUCACCACUAAUUUAGGACGUAAAUAAUGACUUUUAUAAAAAUUACAGAUAUAAAUUUUACUUUUGGCGGGCUGUCGAGUAAGUUUGAGAGUGUUUGACGCUGUUCUAUUUAUUUAAUGCCAAUCGUCAAAAACAUAU